GCGGCGGCCAUGGAAGGAGUGGGCGCGCUGCUGGCCAGCUGCCCUCCGGCCGGCCUGGCGGGAGGCCUGGGGGUGACCGUGUGUGCCGCCGCCGGAGGAGUCUGGCUCUACAAGAUGGCCCGGAGGAAGAAACCUACGCACACAACUGUGAACUGCUGGUUCUGCAACCAGGACACUGUGGUGCCGUAUGGGAACCGCAACUGUUGGGAUUGCCCCAACUGCGAGCAAUACAAUGGCUUCCAAGAGAACGGCGAUUACAACAAGCCCAUCCCGGCUCAAUAUAUCGAGCACCUGAACCACGUGAUCUCCGGGGCUGGCUCUUACUACGACCCCACCAAGCCCCAGCAGUGGGUGAGCAGCCAGGUCUUGCUCUGCCGGAAAUGUAACAAUUACCAGACCCUGAAGAUCAAGCAGCUGGCAUCCUUCAUGCCCAGGGAGGAGGGGAAAUACGACGAGGAGAUCGAGGUGUACAAGCACCACCUGGAGCAGACCUACAAGCUGUGCCGCCCCUGCCAGGCCGCCGUGGAGUACUACAUCAAGCAUCAGAACCGGCAGCUGCGGGCCCUGCUGCUCCGCCACCACUUCAGCCACCGGAAGGCCGACGCGUCCUACAUGCAGAGUUUCUACGCCACUGCCUCCACGACGAUGCCGAUCCACGUGCUGGUGUUGCGCUUCCUGGCCUUCCUCAGCUGCACCAUCCUCAUCGCCAUGGCCCUUUACGGAUCGGGCAACCCCUUCUCCCCGGAGCCCGCGAGCCCUCCUCCCACGCCAUUGGCUAGGAACGGGACUGAACCAUUGGCCCCCGGAAACGCCACUCUGCUGGAACUCCUGGGGUGGCAAGAGAUUGUUCAGCUGUUGCCAGAGCAGCUGCUGGGGGCGCUGAGCACCGCCUGGAGCUACGGGAAGAACCACCAGGUGGCGGUGGUGGCCCUGGGGCUGCUGAUGUGCAUUUCGGCCAUGCUGCUAGCUGGACGCAUCAGAUUGCGGCGCAUCGACGCCUUCGCCUCUGCCCUGUGGCUGCUGGUGAUGGGCUUCCAUCUGGUAGAGAAGUACCUGCAGGCCGACACCCCCAGCUGGCUGGACACAGCCAAGUUCAGCACGACCUCCCUGUGCUGCCUGGUGGGCUUCGCGGCAGCCGUGGCCACUCAGAAGUCGACCGGCCAGCGGAGACCCCGAUCCCGAAGGUACCUCCCCGGAGACGCGGUUGCAGCGUUCCCCAACAGUGCCGGGAUGGGCUUCCCGUAUCCCCCUGCCGCUCCAUCCGUUUUCGUCCCGACGCCUCCCAGCGUUCUGCCAUUUAUGAGCCAGCAGUUCUUCCUCCCGCGGCGAACGUCUUCCUCUUCUCUUCCUGGACGACUAAACCGGGCCCUCUCCUUGGGCACGAUUCCUUCCCUGGCCAGAACCGAUUCUGGAUAUCUGUUCAGCGGAAGCCGCCCCCCGUCGCAGACCUCUCAUUCGAAGGAGUCGCCCAUGUCAGAAUACUUCUCCCUUCUGUCCGGAAGCUGCGUCUCCUCUCCUGUUCCCUCUCCGGCGCCCUCUGUGGCCGGCUCGGUGACCUCCAGCUCUGGUUCCCUGCGCUACCGCCGGCCCCUCAUCAGCCCUGCGCGGCUUAACCUGAAGGGCCAGCGGCUGAUGCUCUUCCCAUCUCAGGGCCGGGGCCACCACGGAGAAGACCAUGUCUACUCGGAGAACAGCGUCUUUGCCUCAGACGUGCCCAUCUUCCCGAAGAGGAGCAUGGGCGACCGUGGAAUGCACGAUAUGAGGGCAGUCGUUGAAGCCGGAAGCGUCUGCAGCGACCGCUCCGUCAAGAGACAAGACGGUUCCUCCCAUUCGUCAAGCUGCGUGGUAGACACGACGACAAAGGGGGAGGAGCUAAUGAGCUGGAGAGGUCGCUUCGGGACCUCAGCCAUCCGAGGCCUGCUCGCAGCCAGCCUGACGGUCAAUGCCAUCUUCACGUCGGCCUACCUCUACCGAAGCUUCCGCUGAGCCCCGCGGCCAGGGGAGAACUUCCUUCCUCGUUCACCAGAUGCGAUGCUGCUCCCAUGCGGGGCGGGGGGGGGGGGGUCCCGGCACGAGAAGGAGUCGAUCCGCCCAAGUCUCCACGCUGCAUUCUGCAACCUCUCCCGCUUGGCCUGCCGCGACAGAACCCCAACGCCUCGUCGGCAGCCAAGCAGUUACCGGAGGGAUAAGCGGCCAGCAUCGGACAAAACUCUGGUUACCACGCACCUUUUUUUUGUACAGAACUGGUUUUGGGGUGGGGGGGGGACAGACUCAAGGAAGCUGUUGGCAGCGAAUGUCCAAGGGGGUGGAAACGGGCCACUUUUUUGAGCAGGUAGCCGCCGUUUUCACUAGUUCUCUCUCUCUUCGUUAUUGUUUUUAAAGCCACGGAGUCCCUGGCUCACAAGAAAGCCCUCCAGGGUGGCCACGUUGGCCCAAAACACUCUCUGGCUUUCUCCCAAUUUUCAUUUUUUUUCCCCCCCAAGGUCAGUCUUCCGGCUUGCCCCUCCGGCUCCCGAUUCCUUCUGGUGCUUUUCGUAACGUGCCACCUCGCUCAGCGCUUGGUCGUGGCGUCUUAUUAAUGGUGCGCGGGGUUUGGUUUUUUUUUAAAAAAA